GAAUUUGUUUUUUUGCAGUUACAAGUUCUGCCCAAAUCUCUUAUUGCUGUGGCUUGUCUAGACAUUUGAUAGCUUUUAAAUGAAAGUGUUCAUAGGUAUUAAUUAAAAGGAGUUUGCAUAAUUUCAUAUGUUCUGCCUGGAUGAGGCCACAGUGAUGAUAGUUACAAACCUCAUAAUGGAAACACAUGGUGCUUAUCAGUUCUCAGUAGCCCAUUAAUUAUUAUGCCUGGGAAUAAGUGUUGCAAGUAUUGCUCCAUAAAAAUAUCCAAAGUCACUCCACUGGUCCGUCAGUCUCAUGACCGAGAAAUCUAUACAUGAAAAACUAUUCUCAGUGAGAGAGAAGAAGAAAAAAUAAGAGUUUGGCCAGUUUUUCUGUCGAUGUGGUGCUGAAGGCAUUUUCUCUGCUGGAUGUCUGCUGGCCAGGCUGCAAGCAAAUUAAUUAUGUUUGUGACCUUCAAGUAAGAAAAAGGAUUUGGAGUAGUCCUCUGUAUUGAUUUCCUUAUUUAUAUGGCUAGUCAGUGUGAAUUUUCUAGGAAGGGCAUGUGGAAAUUAAUUGUAUUCAGUACUUAAUGAUUAUUAUUAAAAGUUUUCUAUCUUACGGAAAGUAGUACUUUCUCUGUACAGUAUUCCUUCACCUUUGCUAAAUGCUCAAGGGUGUUGUUUCAUAUGUCAGUAUAAAUAGGAUACAAUGCCUAAUUUUAUUUCCUCAUUAUUACUUUAAUGAUAGUUUGAUUUUCCAGGCAGCCUGAAGAUACCUUCUGGUACCAGCAAUAUUUUUUGAUUUAGAGGAAUUUCUGAAUUAAUUCUGUGGCUCUCCAGAGCAUGAAAAUCUGUAAAUGUGCCACCUAAGCUCCAUAUACUAUGGGACUUGACAAAUCACAGUACAGUUUUGUUGCAUGCAUUAAUUUAAAUAUGGGCAGCUUAAAUUAUGUUAUGAAAUUGGUUUUUUGUCAAUCAUAAGGGACAGUAUUCUUGCAGGAGUUUGCUCUUCUGGUCUGAGUGUGCUAGCUCACAUCAGCCUGAUCACUUUGUAAUGCAGCAGUGUAAAUAGCAACAUAGCACAUGUUAUUUAGUGAAGAAAGGGUUCAUUAUGGUUUGAAGGGGGACUCCCUGUAGUCUUAACUCUCUUUUCUGGGGCAUGACAGUUUGAUCCUUAGGGCAUUCCCAGACUUCUGCAGCACAGGUAAUGAUCGGACAAGUUCUGCCCAUAACCAUUUGGCCUGGAAAGCGCCUCCCUUUCCGUUGUCAAACAAUACAGCUGUUGCCUUGGAGAGCGCAAUCAACCUUUGCUAGCCCAAGGACUGGGUACCUCGUGUGCAAGCUAAAGCCCAUUAUCUCUCUACCCAGCAGGUGUGAUAGGACUUCCUAGCUUUAGAAGAGGGCAUUUCAGGCACAUUACCAAACAUGGUUUAAGGCGUUCUCUGCCUGAGAAACUUCACUCUAGCAAAAAUAAGAAUUACCAUGUAAUGAUCCAGUUUAAUUUCAGUUGUUCCUGGAUCUGAAAGCUAGAUGUUGUGCAAACAAAAAAGGUAUAGAGAGCAGUCUAGCCAAGUGUUUAAUGUAUUAAACUACUAACAUUUAAGCAAAGGAGAAGUUGUAAAGUCUGUGGUGUACACAAGGUGUAAGUUAAUACUUGGAUAUUGUUGUACUUGCAUUUGACUCAGUUUUGUUUGGCAAAGGAAAAAUAGCAACUAUUAUCAAUAGGAAAAAAAACUGAUGUGAGUUUUGGGAGAUUUUAGUAUAAUUUUGGGAUACAUACUAGUUUGGAUUUAAAAAUCCAUCCUCUUGCAGCCAAAACAUUUUUUAAAUUCCCCAAGGGAAGAACAUGAAAUGCUGCUCCAGUAGGCUGGCAAAUUGCCUGCUCCACCUUCAGUGGGGAAAAGACCUGUCAUUAAACAUUCAAAGUAUACUUUUCUGUAGUCGGUUUUGCACUAGCACUGCUAUGUUCAAGCUUGAAUCUGUGUUCCUACUCUUGGAGGGUAAAAUAGCUGCCACAAGAAACAGAACUAAUUCCUACUGCAGUAGUUAGAACUCACAGAGGAAUUGUUUUAAACUAGGCUGGAGUAAUCAUGCCUUGGUUAAUGAUCUGAGUAACAGCAGUAUGGAUUUUUAUUUGGAAAAUUGUGCCUUGCCCCAUACUGAUAAAUAUGUGUGGAGGAAGGACUUCCUUCGCAGAUAAGAUGAAAUGGAUAAGAGAAGUAGGAAGAAUCCUGUCUUAGAUAAAACAUGAACGAAGUUUAAAAUCUGGCUCUUAAAACACCUUAUUUAAGUUACUUCUUUGUGCCUGAAUUUCCCAAUUUAAAAAGAACCAAUCAUAUUUGCACUUCUUUUCUUACGAACCACUCAGUCAUGUGCUGACCAAAAGCUCUAUGUAGAAGUGGAGUAUAUCACUGAAUAAGGGGAUUUCUGUGUGCAGCUGAGAUGUUGGCUGGUUGCAGUGACUCAUUCAUUAAAAUGUCUCUGGGAUAGGAGUUUUGUUUCUGUAAACUGAAUGGACAUACCUGCUCUUUCUUAGAAACAAUAUAAAGGGGCAAAGAGCUCAGCUAGUGUUUAAAAAGUUCAAAAAGCAUUCAGCUGGUGAGAUUAUACCAACUCAGAUCCUGUUUUCUUCCUUAUAAGAACAAUAUUUUAAAUGGUAUGGUUUUUUUACUAGUAACAACCCAAGAGAAGAGUCACAUGCUUCAAUUAAUGUUAGAACUGAAUUUGGGUAAAGUUAUUAUAUUAUUUUAUAUAUAUAUUAUAUUAUUAUAUAUUAUAUUUUUCUCCAUGCGACUUCCUGGAUUCCUUUGUGACAUCGUUAAAGGGAUAUAUGCUCCUCUUUCCUUUCUAAAGGGAUAUAUGUUCCUCUUCCCUUUUUUGUCUCAGUAAAUAUAGCCUUGUGACUUAGAUUUAUGUGAAUUUGUCAAUCCUAGGCUGACCAGUGGAUUCUAAUAUCCUGCAUACCAGCAUUCCCACUUCAUUGGCCCAAUUUAGUUCCUGUGAUUUUUUUUCAUGAAAUGUGGCCUAUGGAUUAAUCAUCCUCUGCAGCAGUUGUUAAAUAAGUUAUACUAGUUUAACAGUGGAAAUAAGUUGGAUUUUUUCUCCAGAAAGACCUACGGAUGACACUCUAAAAAAAAGUCUCUGUCGCAGGACAUCUUUAUAAAGAUUGAUUCUUCUGCUUCCAUUUUAAGUCACUGGGGGAGCUGCUCCCUUCAUGGGAUUAAAUUGAUCAUGACAUGGCUGAAGCUGCUGGUGAGAAUGUACUUGAUGUUUAGUGUGUAUUGCUGUUGUGCAUAGGAGCCUUGAUUAUUAAAGCCUGUUGUGGGUAGAUAAUGUAUAGGAAAGUUACAUAUUUACGGAACAAAAUAAAAGCUCUGUUUUGAUUCCAGCUGUAGCUGAACUAAAUAUGGUAACUUUGGCUGUUUUGGUUUUGUUCAGUAGAUCUGCCUUUUUUUUUAAUUUUGAUAUCUGGAUAAUUGGGGGAAAAAGCUCAUGCAGUAUUAGCAUGGACAAUAUUGCCAACUGUUUAUCAUGUAGAUGGCCUAAAGUGCAUUUCUGUGAUGUUGCAUCUGUUCAAAAUACAUUUCCAGUAAAUGCUAGUUGAGACCCUGUGUGAUUAGUAUUUCUGUUGAUGUAGUCUUCAGGUGUCAUAUAAUAAGUACCCAAAUAAAACUACCUGUCUGUUGUCCUCCUAUCCAUGAACAUUUUGUAAAAAUGAAUCAUGAUAACAAAUUCUGCUAAAGGCAGGAAAAUUUUUACUUUUGUGAGCUCAUGCUCAAGGUAGCCCUGUUCGUCCUGCUGACCCGACCGUCUGCAGUUGUGAUGCAAAUAAACAAUAGUUUAGCUCUUGAUUAGAGUUGCAUCCCUAAUAUAUUUUAAAUGACGUAAUGAUAUUACAGUGAACUCAGUAAGUGAACAUUGCAAAAGGUUUUGCCUAUAGUGCUGUGCAAAAGACAAUCAAAUCUGAGUUAGUGGACUUGUUUUGUGUGCCUGGCUCCAUAACCCUCAGAUUACUCAUACUGCCUUGCAACUGGUGGUAAUCUCUGUUUUUCAAAGAAAUUUCAUUUCUAGAAAACUAACCACAGUAGGAUUCUCAGAAAAUGAUCUUAUGGUCUUAUGACCAUUAAAAACUCAAGGCAGAGGAAAAUUUCUUCUAGAACUUAUAUUUGUUUAGAUAUUCUUUUAAAAACUCCUUCCUUCAGUGUAGAAACACUGGCCAUCUGUUUGGGGAUACCAGCACUUUUUUAUUUCAUACCUAUGAGCUUCAACCUGCUUUAUGAGCAGUGUUUUAAAGCAGGCUGUAGUAUGCCAUUCCCUGCUCUUCAGGGAAAGGCAACUUGUAUCUUCCAUUCUUACAAUCAUGUGUGUUGUCCUCCCUGCCAGCUAGACUAGAAGAGGCAAGGGAGAGCAAGAACUCUGUUUCAAUGCUAGUAAUUUGUGGAUAGCUUUUGAACUGUGGAAUUAUUAUCUUUAUCUCAUGUGUAGCUCCUUACCCAAUUUAAAGUCCUGUUGGCAGUUCUAAAAUGUUAUCAGCAGUGCUGUAUAUUUGAAUUUCAUUUGCAGCAGAGCAUCUGCUUGGUUUAGGUACUUGGACUUUUAUUUUAUUUGUGGACCUACUAAAUUGAAACCUAUACUGUGAAUCGCUGUAGACAGAAAAUGUUAAAUAACAUUUAUAUACUGCAAUGAAAAUAUGGAAUUGGGCUAUUGUUGUCUAAUGAAACGUGAUUCUGUACAGCAUUCUUUCAUGCAAAGUCUAUUUGAAUGCCUUAGAAGUAAAUAAUGUGGAAGGGGUAAAGAGAUGCUUUCAGUAAACAUAGCAAGGACAAAGAGUAUUCCUCUUUUUACAGAAAUCAGGGAGUCAGAUGAAAGAGAUUACAGAAAGGGGGGGGUAGGGGGGAGUUUUGAACUGUACUGACAGGAUGCAGUGUUCUUACCUACAUAUCACAAGAUAAGUUAAAAAGAUAACGGAAACUGGGAGAAAACCAAACCAGGGAUUUUGAGUAGAACCAAAUCUGUAACUGUUUCUGGUCAGAAAUAAAUGUUGCUCUUGACUGAAAAGGAAGGUAUUUGAAUAUUUUAAAUUAAUACAUCUUUUUGCCAUCUUGCAGUGCAUCUCUGUGUAGCACUUGAUUAGCUACUAUGAGCUUGCUACACAGUGAUAGCAGUUGUGGAGCCCGAGACGUGGAAAGCGGCUGCUGUGCAGCCAUGGCCAGUGCCUGCAGCGCUGGAGCCAAAGAAGACGGCACAAGUGUCAGCAGUGGGACUGGAAACCCGCCAAGCUCUUUCACGGAAGAAACACAAGGAUAUGAUGUGGAGUUUGAUCCGCCCUUGGAAAGUAAAUAUGAAUGUCCAAUCUGUUUGAUGGCUCUUCGGGAAGCCGUGCAGACACCAUGUGGACACCGUUUCUGCAAAGGCUGCAUUGUCAAAUCGAUAAGAGAUGCAGGUCACAAAUGUCCAGUAGACAACGAAAUACUGCUUGAAAAUCAACUUUUUCCUGACAACUUUGCUAAACGGGAAAUCCUUUCGUUAAUGGUGAAGUGUCCCAACAAGGGCUGCACUAUGAAGAUGGAGCUGAGGCACUUAGAGGAACACCAGUUACAGUGUGAAUUUUCCACUGUGGAAUGCCCACAGUGCCAAGGAACCUUCCAGAAGAACCACCUGAAAGAGCACAUGACUCAGGAGUGUCCAAGGCGUCAAGUGUGUUGCCCAAACUGUGCCACGUCUAUGGCUUAUGAAGAUAAAGAGCUUCAUGACCAGACCUGCCCACUUGCCAAUGUAUUUUGUGAAUAUUGCAACACAGUGCUAAUCAGAGAGCAGAUGCCUAACCAUUACAACAAUGAUUGUCCUACUGCCCCAGUGCCAUGUUUUUACAGUGCCUUUGGAUGUCCUGAAAAGAUGCAAAGGAAUGAACUGGCACGACAUAUGCAGGAGUUCACUCAGGUUCACAUGAGAAUGAUGGCUCAGAGUUUUCAAAAUAUCAGUGUCACUGCUACAAAUCCUGUACCCUUCAUCAAUGGCCUACCCUUUGAGCCUGCCCUCUUCUCACACGUGUCACAUGCCACAUAUGAUUGUAAUCCAGAAGUUGAAAACUUCAAAGAAACUAUUCAGCAGUUGGAAGGUCGUCUGGUAAGACAAGAUCACCAAAUCAGGGAACUCAUUGCUAAAAUGGAGACCCAGAACACUCACAUGGCAGAACUCAAACGUACUAUCCGAAGUUUGGAGGGAAAGAUCACUGAAAUGGAGGCCCAGCAAUGUAACGGUAUUUAUAUCUGGAAGAUUGAGAACUUCAGUGGACUUCAGAAAGCCCAGGAAGAAGAGAGACCUGUUGUGAUGCACAGUCCUGGCUUCUAUACUGGAAAGCCUGGGUACAAGCUGUGUUUGCGCCUGCAUAUCCAAUUACCGAAUGCUCAGCGCUGUGCUAAUUUUAUAUCUCUGUUUGUCCACACUAUGCAAGGGGAAUAUGACAGCCAUCUGCCAUGGCCUUUCCAAGGCACGAUACGACUUUCUAUUUUGGAUCAAUCAGAAGGCCCGGAAAGGCAGAAUCAUGAAGAAGUAAUGGAAGCCAAGCCAGAGUUACUGGCCUUCCAGAGGCCGACAGUUCACCGCAAUCCAAAAGGUUUUGGUUAUGUGACUUUCAUGCACCUGCAAAAUUUGAAACAAAGAACCUUCAUAAAGGAUGAUACACUUCUGGUGCGCUGUGAAGUUCUGACACGUUUAGAUUUGAACAGUGUCCGCAGAGAAGGAUUUCAGGCUCGCAGUACUGAUGGACCUAUGUAGCCUCUAAGUCUUACCCAGAGGAAUGGAGCCACUAGUUAUGUUCUUCCACCACAGAUUAUAAGAGUGCUUCAUUGUCCAUAUAGGCUGUGUUUGUGAAAGGUCAUAAUUACAAGCAUAAUUGAUCUUCACCUCAGUGGAACUUUCUAGUUGCUUGGUUUUUUUUUUUUCUAUGAGGUCAUGUACUUAAAUAUUUGGUAUGCUUAAAUAUUUGGUAUGGUUCUCUAUUAAAAGAAUAAGCUACUUUUGUAGCAAGCUAACUAAAUGAAGUGUUGUUAAUCAAAACUUAAAUGCCUAAAGGAAAAUCCUAUUGCAGAACCUGUAUGUCUCUGGUAAAACAUAAGUCAUAUCGAGAAGUCCUGUAAGCCUUUUCACCGCAGUGCCUCAGAAUAGAUACUGUCACAGUGAAAUAGCUAAAUUAAUAAAGAUGAGGGAAUUUUUUGUUUGUUUUUCACAGAGCUUGGGAAACUUGAGAUAGCUUCUAUAUUGACUUAUUUAGAAUUUUGCAUUGGCUAGGCUUUUCUGGAAAUCUGAAGUCAAGACUUUGCUCACGUCACCUAGGGUUCAGGUAUGCUUUGGCCCUUCCCUUCUGUGGAGUUAGCUUCAGGAAGUGGCAUGCUGAUGUACAGUCGAUGCUAGUAUUUCCAAAAGACAUGUGGUAGUGUUGUGGAUAAUGGUAAAUGACUAUGAGCUGAGUUCACUCAAGAAAUAUUUGUAAUGUGGUCUGAAAGUGCCUCCCUAGUUCUCUUUACUUGGAUAAGUCUUUCUGUAAGUGUGUGCUCUAGGCCCAGAGUGUGAAUCACAACUGACAAGAGAUAUAAAAGUUUAGCAUUUGAGUGACAUACCUUUGUGCUGGUGUACUUCCUAGUGCUGGACAUUUUUCAGCUUGUGAGUAGAUACAUGAGCAAAGGGAUGCACUAACUAGGUAGGGUGAUGCAGGAUGUCUUUUGUUGUUGAAACCUGAAUUUGUACCAAAGGUGAACCUGCAACCUGCAUCUAUUCGUGUGAUCUCUUGGUGUUGUGCGUGACAUACGACCUAUGUCACCUCCGAUGAAUUCUCAGUGGGCAGCUGGCCAUAUCAACAUCCAACUAUUGUGGGUAUUUCCUGUCCCUUUAAACAAUAAGAGCUGGGCCACUCUCAGCAAUUUGGAGAGGAAGGAAAACCUAUUAGUUCAACAGUGUGAGGCAAAAUUGCAGUCCUGUUUGCUCUUAGGAAGAAAAUCUGGCUUCUAUAGUUACUCAUUCAUCAAACACUAGAUUCACUAUGUCAGGGAUUCAUGAGCUUCCUAAUGUUGCGUGUAUUAUUAUUUUCUGUACUGACUGUAUGCCACAUAAAUGUUAGUUUUGACCGGUCAAAGCUGAGUGGUUCAAUUUCACUGGUGCUAAAAGCUUUUAAUGUAUCAUGGUGCCGAUAAAGUUCUGAAUCGUGUCUUUAAAAGGAGGGAAGAAGAAAGGUUUUGUUCACCCCAUAACCUAAGCCGAUAUUCUGAUACAGAAGAAAGAAUUAAACGAUUCAUAAGCAUAUGUGCAUUAUUUAUCCAAGCUAGUGAAAUGACCUAGACUACCGCUUAAAAAAUAAUGAAGAGAAUUCCAGUUAUUUGGCCUCAUCAAAACAAUACCAUGAGUAUCAUCAGUGGGGAAAGGGCAUAUGGUUAAUACAUACAAGAGUAAAGAAAGACUGCUGUAGCAUAUUGAUUCGGGAGGAUACUCUGCCUACCUGCGUGAGAUGUAAAAGUUCCUGGACCCAAGCUACCACAUUCAUAAUAUCCAGAUGAGUUAAAUUUCUUCUGCAGGUAGAACUUUUUAGAUGAAGAGGGAUUGUGUUCAAUGGAGUGUUGUCACUACUGAAACAUGAAUUUCCUGGCUAAUGCUAAAUGCAGUUGGUCAUUGACAACUUCAGUGUAUUCUCUGUUAUUAGGGGAGGGGUGAGCAUAUAUUACUCAAAAUAGGAAAAGAUCCUUGCUUUAAAACUGUGGGCUUAAGCUUUUUAAGUAGUCUUGAGAAUUAAUAGCCUCAUCCUAUUAGCUUUGUUGUUUCAGUGUCUUCAGUUAGAGAAUGCCUAGUUAAACCAUUCUUAACCAAGAGCUGUUAAGCUGUACAAGGCAGUGCACUUCUGUAUACAGAAGGUGCUGUACACUGGUUCUCCACUUUAAGCUAUGUUAGUUAUCUGUAUUUUUUUCAAGAUGCUCAAAAACUGCCAUUCUUUCCUUUUUUCCCCCCUUCUCUUUUUUUGGGGGGAUGGGGGGCACUCAGAAGAAACACUUGUAAUUAGAGAGCUUCCUCCUGCCCUAGGUCCUUUUUCAACCCUAGUGGUAAUAAAAACGUCCUUGCUCUGUGUUCAAAUUGUUACUACCCAAGACCCACUAAGUGCAUUAACACUUCCUUUGCUUUUGAAGAUUUGCAUUCUGAAUGGAAUUUUUGGUUUGAGCCAUAUCUGCAAGAUCAGAUGUACUUCAACCUCUGAGGAGGAAGCUCAGUUUGGUGGCAGAGUUUUAAGUGGUUCAGGUUAAUACAACAGCCCGAGCCAAUAGGGAAUAGAAGGCUACUGCAUGUAUAGUAGUGCACUGGCCACAGUAAUAUGAAUGCUUUAUUCACUGCUGCUAUUCUACUGGUUUUGUAUUUUUAUAUACCCACUAGAACUCUUAAAGAUGUCAAAUUACUGUAAUGCCAGAGUUUUACAUGAGACUUUCAGUGCUAAUUUGCUAAGUAUCAGAUCUUAUUGUCAUAAAAACACAUUGUAAAUGUUAAUGAAAUAUUUAUUCAUAAUAUUCAUGUACUUGCUCCAUUUUUCUCUUUCCCCUUUCUCCAAAUCUCUUCUUCUGAGAACUCAUUUUACCAUGGUGGGUUGAUGUAUAAUUGCUAGAAGUGUUUAAAUGGAAGCAGAAAGAGACAACUCUCAGAGCUGCAAACCUAAAACAAAAACAAAGAAGUAUGGGAAUUUAACCCAUUUCCUGUGUAAUUCAUUCAGCAAUGGAGUUCUUUGGUUCUGUAACUCAAAGCUUUGCAGCAUCACUGGAUCUCAAGGUGGUUUAUUUCUGUUGUCUUUAAUGUGUUCUAAGUCAGCCACUUAAUAGUAUUUGCAAAGCUGCUAUGGCACAAAUUUACCAGUAAUAAUAUAUUACAAAUAUAUUAUCUUUUUGCCUCUGAAUGUCUUCACCUGCAGGGCAGGGAAAAUUAUUUUACUAAAAAUAUUGGUAUGUGAUGUAUAUGUGGGAGCUCAGAUAAUGUGAGAUGUAUAGACUUUUUUUUCAAGUGGUCUCAUGAUAUGUCUGGUUGUGUUUGCUGUCAAGGGAUUAAACUUGCUAAUGAAAUCAGGAUCACCUUUCUAUUCUUAUUUAGAGAUGGUGAUAGUACAAAUACAUUUAUGAUGGAUUUUAAAGAUUAUUCUGGGUUCAAUGUUAAAGGUUUAUAUAGGUUUGUCUUUGAACAAAAGGAAAGUACUCCUGUUCCCUUGGAUGUAUUGAUCAAUAAUUUAAUAUAUUUUGUAAUAAUGCACAGCAAUAUUUCUGACAGAACUUUAAAAAAUAAAGUAAGUAAACUGUG